UUGGAAGAAUUUUAUGAUCAAGAAGAUAUUAAAAAAUCAAAAAAGCCAAAACUAUUAAGCACUAUUGAACUCACAAAAUUUGCACUUCAAGACUUGGUUAGAAAAGGGUUGGUUUUACAAGACAUUAUAUUAUCAAGACCAUAUAAAACAGAAUACUCAUGUACUUUGGUUAUUGAAGGGAUUGCAGACAGGGCCAAAGAAAUAAUUAAAGCACAAGAAUAA